AUCCAACGGCACCUAUCGAACCCUCGAAGUUAACUACAGCCGUUGAUUCAUCCAAUCCAAUUUUAUUUAAAGGCCAUCGCUCACACACACGUAGGGUUCAUAGGUGCCUGCGGUGCGGCUCUCAUUUUCGCGUCGUCGAAUCGAGUUUUGCAGAGAAAUUAUAAGGUAGCAAGAUGUCUCAUCGCAAGUUUGAGCACCCUAGACAUGGCUCCUUGGGAUUUCUUCCAAGAAAAAGGGCCUCUCGACACCGGGGAAAAGUGAAGUCCUUCCCUAAAGAUGACCCAUCAAAACCCUGCAGAUUGACUGCUUUCCUUGGAUACAAGGCUGGCAUGACACAUAUUGUUAGAGAUGUUGAGAAGCCGGGAUCAAAACUCCACAAAAAAGAAACUUGUGAAGCAGUGACAAUUAUUGAAACGCCUCCAAUUGUAGUAGUUGGUGUUGUUGGUUAUAUUAAAACACCCCGUGGCUUGCGGGGUCUAAGCACUGUUUGGGCUCAGCAUCUUAAUGAGGAAGUGAAAAGAAGAUUCUACAAGAAUUGGUGCAAAUCUAAGAAGAAGGCUUUCACAAAAUAUACAAAGAAGUAUGAAUCUGAAGAGGGCAAAAAGGACAUUAAAGUGCAGUUGGAAAAAAUUAAGAAGUACUGUUCCGUGAUUCGUGUUUUGGCUCAUACCCAGAUUCGGAAGAUGAAAGGCCUUAAGCAGAAGAAGGCCCACCUGAUGGAGAUUCAGGUUAAUGGUGGAGAUAUUGCUAAGAAGGUUGAUUUUGCGUAUAGCUUUUUUGAAAAGCAGGUUCCUGUGGAUGCAGUGUUCCAGAAAGAUGAGAUGAUUGACAUUAUUGGGGUUACCAAGGGUAAGGGCUACGAGGGGGUUGUUACCAGGUGGGGUGUAACCCGGCUGCCUCGUAAGACCCAUCGUGGGCUUCGCAAGGUAGCCUGUAUUGGUGCCUGGCAUCCUGCAAGGGUAUCAUUUACCGUUGCCAGGGCUGGGCAAAAUGGGUACCAUCAUCGCACGGAGAUGAACAAGAAGAUUUACAAGCUGGGGAAGUCUGGUGACGAGGCUCACUCUGCCAUCACGGAGUUUGACAGAACUGAGAAGGACAUAACACCAAUGGGGGGAUUUCCACAUUAUGGUGUGGUGAAAGAUGAUUACCUGAUGAUAAAAGGAUGCUGCGUAGGCCCAAAGAAGCGGGUGGUCACCUUGAGGCAGACAUUGCUGAAACAGACAUCGAGGGUUGCAAUGGAGGAAAUUAAACUCAAGUUCAUCGAUACAUCUUCCAAGUUUGGCCAUGGCCGCUUCCAGACGACACAGGAGAAGGCCAAGUUCUAUGGGCGGCUCAAAGCCUGACCUUGAAGGCGGCCUCCUCACCCGGGAAUGGAAAACUUCCAUAUCUAUCUGUUACCGUUUUGCUACUGUGUUUCUUCCUCAACUGUUUUCCCCAUCCAUUAUUCCUUUUUUGAGCACAAAACUUAUAUUUCAUUGAUACAUCUUCCAAAAGUUUAGUAACUAUGCGAUUGAAAAUUUGUGGUGCCCUGAUUCAUCA